UUGGGGUUCAGAUGGCACUGGAUCUGUUAGAGACCAGGUUCUGGGCUACAGCUAAGCAGCCCAAUGACACAGACUGCUCCAACACAGAGGGGAUUUGUCCGCUGACAUGUGAGGCCAUGGACCUGGCCUGCUACCUCAUCGACAGCAAUGCAUUCACAAUCAUCUCCAAAGAAAAAAGCCAUGUGGGGAAGUUCUUUGGAGAAGUUGACGGCUCAGUGAUGGCACGCCUUAUCAAGAUGGGCAUGUUCAAAAGGGUAUCUCUGUACGACUAUCAGGCCAUGUGUAAGAUGGGAGGACAUUCUGCCAGCAGUGCCAGACCCCUUCUUAGUCCCUUCUAUGGUCUGGCGGCUGCUCUAAAGUGGUUCCUCACCAACUUCCUACUGUUUUUACUGGAGUUCAACAUCUGUGGUCUGUGGCACUCUGACCGCUUUGCUGAAGCGUCGGCCCAGAAGAAGAAGGGAGACAUCCUGCAGCCGUGUGACACAGAGUACCCCAGCUUUGUCUACGAGCCCUCGAUUAAGGAGACCAACAGCCUCAUCAAGUGUGGACGCUGUCAGAAGAUGUUUGUAACCCAGGCUGUCCCUGACAGUAACCUGCUGAUGUUGGUGGUACAGGCAGACUGUGACUGUUCCCGUCAGUACCCAGCUAUCACCAUGGAACCCAAGGAAGUGAAAUAUAUCCUUUAACAUGAAGAUCUAUCUUACUGGUUCACUCUCACAAGCCCUCUGUCUGACACAGACAGUGAUUGAUAGAAUUAUAAUGGCGUUGUGGAAAUGGGAUUUGAUAUCUAUGAAUAAGCAGUUCCUUAGUCAUCAUAUAUCAGACCAAUCACUUCUCUUAUUAAAUACAUUACAGACAUCGUUCAUUUCAAGCAGUUCUGAAUGGCUGUUUUACGCUGUGGGGAGCAGUCUCUUCCUAAACUCUUCUCCUUGACACAUUCAGAGAUGACCAGCAGGGUCAUAGCCGAGCAUUCAGAGGUCGAGACAGCAGGUGUGAGGGGGAAGGAGACAGAGAGAGAGACAGAGAGAGAGACAGAGAGAGAGACAGAGACAGAGAGAGAGAGACAGAGAGAGAGACAGAGAGAGAGAGAGAUAGAGAGAGAGAGAGAGAGAGAGAUGGAGACAGAGAUGGAGACAGAGAGACAGAGAAAGAGACAGAGAUGGAGACAGAGAGAGAGACAGAGAUGGAGACAGAGAUGGAGACAGAGAUGGAAACAGAGAGAGAUGGAGACAGAGAUGGAGACAGAGAUGGAGACAGAGAGACAGAGAGAGAGAGACAACCUGGUCUAUAUUGGUUAUGUGGAUAGUAAUGAGAGUAGAGUCUUAUCACUCUGACAGAGUCCAGCUGUAGUAAAGCAUUAAGCCAGUCAUACACUCAUACAUCCUUCAUGAACAACACACACCAUAAUGGGCUGUGCUGUGUGACCUGCAUCAUCAGUCAAUCUGUCAGUAGGGGUGUCAGGGUCUCAUACCCAGACAGACUCUCGUAUCCUUGACCCUGCACACACACACACACACACACACUGCAUAUAGAAUUACACCAGAUAUGACAGACUGACCCUAUCCUCCCGGCAUAUAGACUAUUUAAGCAAUAAGGCCCGCGGAGGUGUGGUAUAUGACCAAUAUAACACGGCUAAGGGCUGUUCUUAGCACAGUGCAACUCCAGACACCACAAACCCCCAAGGUGCCUUAUUGCUGUU